UACUGUAUUUACUGUGAGUGAUAACAAAAACAACAGUAUUUUAUUUUAACUUUUAAUUUAUGUUAUUAAUUUACUAUUAGUCUUUAUUUAUUUAUAUUUUUUAACGUUUGUUAGAAUUUAGUAUGUUUUUUUUUUAAUUAGUAUUAUUAAAUUUUUACGUAUAGUUAUGUUAUUGAAUACAAAUGAAAGUAUUAACUAUGCUAAUUAGAUUAAUAGAAAGGAAUGGUGUCAUACACGUUACAAAGGUAGCCAUCUGUUAGAUGAAAAUCAUUUUAUAUUUGAAAAUUCCAAAUACAUAUUUUAAAGAAGUCAAAAUGGAUCAUGCAGACCUUGUUUUGGAAAUGACCCAUUUAGAACGCAUGCCUACUGCUGAUAGAUUGGCUUUAGCGAGACGACGCCGAAUACAGCAAUUAAGAUUAUGGGCUCAAAAAGACCGAGAAAAAAUAAAAUCAUCUCCUUUACGAAAUAAUAAACAUAUAUUUUUUAGUGAUAAUGUUAUGCUUUUAGAGGCAGCUUCUCGAAAUGAUAUUGAUGAAGUUAAAAAACUAUUAGAAAAAGGAGUAAGCCCGGAUGCUACAAAUGAAGAUGGACUAACAGCUUUGCAUCAAUGCUGUAUAGAUGAUAAUGAACAUAUGAUGAAACUCUUAGUAGAAUUUGGUGCUAAUGUUAAUGCUGAAGAUAGUGAAAAAUGGACUCCAUUACAUGCGGCUGCAACUUGUGCUCAUUUACACCUUAUUAAAUAUCUUAUUGACAAUGGAGCUAAUUUAUUGGCUGUUAAUGCUGAUGGAAAUAUGCCUUAUGAUAUAUGUGAAGAUGAAUCUGCGUUAGAUUUAAUAGAAAGUGAAAUGGCUAGAAGAGGUGUAACUCAAGAAUUAAUUGAUGAUACUAGGGCCACAACUGAAAAUAGAAUGCUUAGAGAAUUACAAUUAGCAGUUAAAGAUAAUCAAAGUUAUUUGCUUGAAUCAUAUGAUCUCCAAGAAGCUACACCACUACAUAUUGCUGCUGCUAAUGGUUAUUUAAAGGUAGUUGAGUAUUUAUUGGACCACCAUGUUGCAAUAGAUGUUAAAGAUUCUGAUGACUGGCAACCAGUACAUGCAGCUGCUUGUUGGGGUCAUAUAGAAGUUUUGGAAAUGUUAGUACAAAAUGGAGCUGAUUUGAAUGCAAAAACUAAAAAUGAAGAAACACCAGUUGAUAUUUGUGAAGAUCCAGAUUUACGUGAACGCAUAUUACAGUUACGCAAUGAACAAGAAUCUAAAAAAGAUGUGCAAAAAUGGAAAAUAAGACGCACACAGUCUAAUAAAACAAGAGCCCAAACUGUUAGAAGAACUUCUAUUAGAGAAAAGACUUUAACAUCUAAAAAAGAUGCUGUAGAAGAAGCUAGACUAAGAAUAGAAGCUCAAAAUUUUGCAAAAAAAUUUUCACGAACAUCUAGUGAUUUUGAAGGUGAUUCUUCAAUUGAUUCAUAUGUUCCAGUAUCAACAAUUCCAACCACUGAACGAUGUGAGCCUGAAGGAGAAAAUUUUUUAAUAGAUGAAAAAUCUCAAUUGGAAAAAGUAGAAGUAACUCCAGCUACUGAAACAUGUUACACUACAGAGAGUGAUGGAAAUAUUAAUAUACAUGUUUCUGUCACAAUUAAUGCCGGAACAUUAGCUGAGUUAAAGAAGCAGAGAGCACAAACUCGUGCUUCAUCAGUUUCUAUUUAUAAUAAUUCUGAUUUAAUAAUAGAUUCGGAACCUGCUUUUAACCGAUUUGCAGGUGAUACAGAAGAUAUUAUUGUAGGAGAUCCAAUAAAAGUUAGAAGAAAAUGUUGCAUUAUUUGCUAAUUUAACAAAAUAUUAUUAUGCAAAUAAUAUUUAUUUAUUAUGCACUUUUUAAACACUUUG